AUGGGAAAACUACAUCAGUGUUAUACAACCUUAGCGUGUGUCUUCGGUUCGUUAAUAUCAGCUUCAUUAUCAGUAUGGCCAUCGUACACUCUCGCGGAAUUCACCUCAAACAGCACGACAGUUCUGUCAGCGCCUAUGUCUACCUUUGAAGCCUCUCUCUUGGGCAGUCUGCCCGCCCUAGGAGCUAUGGUAGGAACGAUGAUGGCUGGCAUGAUCAUUGACGGACUUGGAAGAAAGAAUGGUGGACUUGUUAUUGCAAUGCCAUAUUUGCUCUCCUGGCUUGUAAUAGAUUUGACGUCAUCUUCCCUGGUGGUACUGAUCUGCCGCUUCGCCGCGGGCAUCUCUACCGGUGCUGCAUCAGUCCAUGCUCCAAUUUUCAUAUCUGAAGUCGCCGAGGAGUCUAUCAGAGGAAUGCUAAGCUCAGGUCCUAUUGCAGCUUAUUGUAUCGGUGCCAUGUUGUCGUAUGUGAUGGGCUGGACAUUGACGUAUCAGUACAUAAACUGGUGCAAUAUGGCGUUAUGUAUUACGUAUAUUAUUCUUUUGGCUUCUGUAAGGGAGAGUCCUGUGUAUCUGAUGAGGAAGAAUAGAGAAGAGGAUGCCCGUCAAGCCAUAGCUCACUACAGAGGAGGCUCUGCUGAUUCAAAGGCUGUGAUGGAGGAGCUUUCUCUGCUUAAGCAGCGAGUGCAGCCAGCACGCGAGAUGUUACCUAUUAAUGACACAGAAGUUGAAAAAGCAGAAAAGGAAAUGUUAAACGACCACGAUGUAGAUGGAAAGAAGAAAAUGCCAUCAUACAAAAUGUUGAUGGUAUCACCAUCAUCGCGGCGAGCGUUCAUCGUAGUUGGUGCUGUAAUAUCCACACAGGUUAUGAUGGGUAUGGUGCCAGUCCAGGUGUAUGCAAAAGAUAUCUUCACCCAAGCAGCUCCCAGCCUUUCGUCUCACCUCUGUUCUGUCCUUUUUGCACUUGUCCUGAUGGGAGGAAGUAUGUCCAGUGCGUUAUUCUCCGAUAAAUUGGGGAGAAAACCCCUACUUUUAGCAUCAGCCAUCACAGUGGGAAUCUGCCUGGUGGCGAUGGGCUUCUUCAUGCAGACCAACAUAGCACCACCUGCUGUUUCAGCGAUUCUCAUUUUGUUCUACUGUUUUGCUUUCAUGCUCGGAGCAGGCACAGUACCUUACAUAUUGUUGGCUGAAGGUUUCGUAGCAGAGGUGCAAAGCUUAGCUUCAAUGAUACUAAUGGAGUGGGUAUGGCUGCUCAACUUUUUGAUACUGGCAAUAUUCCCGUACAUGGUGCAAUUCUUUGGCGUGCACGGAUCUUUCUAUUGCUUUGCUGUGUUCGCUGUGGUGGACGUACUGAUUGCUGUUUUCAUGGUACCAGAGACAAAGGGACUGACGAAGGAACAGAUACAGCAAGCGUUUUUGGAGAGGCGGAAAAAAUAA